AUGCUUAUCUACACCGACAUUGUUACCGGCGACGAGAUGAUCUCGGACGCUUACGAGCUCAAGGAGAUUGGCGACAUCGCCUUCGAGGUCGACUGCCAGCUCAUCCUUGUCAAGGAGGGCGAGGUUGACAUUGGUGGCAACCCCUCGGCUGAGGAGGAGGCUGAGGCCCUUGAGGCCGGUGCCGAGCAGGUCAACAACGUUGUCAACUCGUUCCGUCUCCAGUCGACCGUCUUCGACAAGAAGUCGUACCUUACCUACCUUAAGGGCUACAUGAAGACCGUCAAGACCCACCUCCAGGAGACCAACCCCGACCGUGUUGCCGCUUUCGAGAAGGAGGCCGCCGCCUUCGCCAAGCAGGUCAUUGGCAACUUCAAGGACUACGAGUUCUACGUCGGCGAGUCGAUGAACCCCGACGGCAUGGUCGCUCUCCUCAACUACCGUGAGGACGGCACCACCCCCUACUUCACCUUUUGGUCGGACGGCCUCAAGAAGAUGAAGAUCUAA